CAUCAACCUUCUGUUUAGCUUCGACUCAAAAAUAAAAACAACCUUUUGUUAGCUAAACCAAAAAAAAAGAAAAAAGAAUCACAUGGAUUACGUUUUGGUUCUAUUGCCACUCGUAUUGUUUCUACUAGCUUACAAGUUCUUAUUCUCAUCAAAGCGUUUCAAUCUCCCACCAGGACCAACUCCCUUUCCCAUCGUCGGCAACCUCCACCUCGUGAAACCGCCGGUCCACCGUCUCUUCCGUCGUUUUGCUGAGAAAUACGGUGACAUCUUCUCCCUCCGUUACGGCUCUCGCCAAGUUGUUGUCAUCUCUUCUUUGCCACUUGUCAGAGAAUGCUUCACUGGUCAGAACGACAUUAUUUUAACCAACCGGCCGCAUUUUCUGACCGCUAAAUACGUUGCUUACGACUACACCACGGUCGGAACCGCCGCUUAUGGUGACCAUUGGCGUAAUCUCCGCCGUAUUUGCUCUCUUGAGAUCCUUUCCUCUAACCGUCUCACUGGUUUCCUCUCCGUUCGUAAAGAUGAGAUCAGACGGUUGCUCACGAAACUCUCACGUGACCAUAAUGGCCGUGUCGUUGAGCUUGAGCCUCUUCUUGCAGAUUUGACGUUCAAUAAUAUAGUUCGUAUGGUCACAGGGAGACGCUACUACGGAGACCAGGUUCACAACAAGGAAGAAGCGGACCUAUUCAAGAAAUUAGUGACGCAGAUCAACGACAAUAGUGGUGCGAGCCAUCCAGGAGAUUAUCUACCAAUUCUCAAAGUUUUCGGACACGGCUACGAGAAGAAAGUGAAAGCACUCGGCGAAGCCAUGGACGCUUUCUUGCAGCGAUUGCUCGAUGAUUGCAGACGAGAUGGAGAGAGCAACACAAUGCUUAGUCAUUUGUUGUCUUUACAAGUAGAGCAACCCAAGUAUUACAGUGAUGUCAUCAUCAAAGGCCUCAUGCUCAGUAUGAUGCUUGCGGGGACGGACACAUCAGCCGUGACGCUAGAAUGGGCGAUGGCGAGUUUGUUGAAAAAUCCUGAAGUGUUGAAGAAGGCUAAAGCCGAGAUAGAUGAAAAGAUUGGACACGAACGUUUGGUCGACGAACCGGACAUUGCAAACCUCCCUUAUCUCCAGAACAUAGUUUCCGAGACCUUCCGGUUGUGUCCAGCCGCACCGCUCCUCGUCCCGCGUUCUUCUUCUGAAGACCUCAAGAUUGGCGGAUACGACGUACCGCGUGACACCAUCGUACUAGUCAAUUCUUGGGCCAUCCAUAGAGAUCCGAGGCUUUGGGAUGAGCCUGAGAGGUUCAUGCCAGAGCGGUUCGAAGACAAAGAAGCUGCCAACACUAAUAAGCUUAUGGUGUUUGGGAACGGACGAAGGACGUGUCCUGGUGCGGCUUUGGGACAGAGAAUGGUGUCGUUGGUUUUAGGAUCGUUGAUUCAAUGCUUUGACUGGGAAAAAGUCAACGGUGAGGAAAUUGAUAUGGCCGAGAAUCCAGGGAUGGCUAUGCGUAAGCUCGUGCCGUUGCGAGCCGUUUGCCAUCAGCGUCCCAUUAUGGCUAAUCUUUUGGCUUAAAAUUACACUGUGAUUACUGGUUCAAGUUUCUUUCGUUUAUAAUUUGUUUGAAUUUUGUUUUUGCGUGGGUAUUUAAAGAUGCAAUGUUGUAAAUUAGAUCACGAAAGAACAAGAGUUUGUUGAUAUACUAUAAAUAAAAUGAAGAGUUUUCGAUAGCAGUCUC